AUGGCCUCUGUGCCAAUAAUUCCAGACUCUUACAACCAUGUGUUGGCAGAGUUUGAAUGUUUGGAUCCAUUGCUUUCUGCGCUCAGGCUGGAUUCUAGUCGUCUGAAGUGCACAUGUAUAGCUGUGUCGAAGAGAUGGCUAGCUCUAGGCAGUUCAGGAGGAGGACUGAACCUUAUACAGAAGGAUGGUUGGAAGCAAAGGCUCUUUCUCACUCAUAAGGAAGGUGCCAUUUCCCGGGUUGCCUGUUGUUUACAUGAUGAAGACUAUGUUGCUGUCGCCACCAGCCAAGGUCUUGUAGUAGUCUGGGAACUGAAUCAGGAACGUCGUGGGAAGCCAGAACGGAUUUAUGUUUCCUCUGAGCAUAAGGGCAGAAAAGUUACAGCUUUGUGUUGGGAUACAGCUGCCCUUCGUGUUUUUGUAGGAGAUCAUGUGGGAAAAGUAUCAGCCAUCAAGAUUAACACAUCAAAACAAGGGAAGGCUGCUGCUACUUUUGUGAUGUUUCCUGUUCAGAUUAUAACCACUGUAGAUUCUCGGGUUGUUCAGCUUGAUUAUUUGGAUGGAAGACUGCUCAUAUCUUCACUUACACGCACUUAUUUGUGUGAUACUGAGAGGCAAAAGUUCUGGAAAAUUGGUAACAAAGAGAGAGAUGGAGAAUUUGGAGCGUGUUUCUUCCCUGUUGGAAAAAACAGUGGGAAUCAGCAGCCGUUAAUAUAUUGUGCUCGACCUGGCUCAAGGAUGUGGGAGGUGAACUUUGACGGGGAAGUGCAAAGCACACAUCAGUUCAAGCAGCUGCUCUCAUCACCACCUCUCCCUGUUGUUACUCUCAGGCUGGAUCCUCAUUAUACUAGUUCCAGCUGCUCUCCACAAUCUUUAUCUUUCCCCAAGCUACUGUAUUUGACUGAGCACUGUGUAAUGACCUGGACAGAAAGAGGCAUUUAUAUUUUCCUUCCCCAAAGUGUUCAAGUCUUACUCUGGAGUGAAGUAAAAGAUAUUCAGGAUAUUGCAGUUUACAAAAGCGAGUUGUUCUGUCUGCAUACAAAUGGAAAAAUUGUGCACCUCUCCCUUCUGCUGGUAGACCGCUGCAUAGAGCGUCUGAUAAGAAGAGGGUUCUGGACACUUGCUACCAGGGUCUGUUGUCUCUUCCAAAAUUCAAUCAUUUCUUGCAGAGCAAGAAAAAAUUUGCCUCUAGACAAGCUGGAGCAUUUGAAGUCUCAGCUAGAUGCCGCAACCCAACAAGAUCUCAUUACACAGCUGGAAGAACUAAUUUCAAAGUUGGAACCUCUAGAUUCUGCGUGCAGCAGUAGAAGGAGCAGUAUUUCAUCUCAUGAAAGCUUUAGUGUCUUGGACUCCGGAAUAUAUCGUGUUAUCAGUCGAAGAGGCAGUCAGUCAGAUGAAGAUUCAUGUUCUCUACACAGUCAAACGUUCUCGGAGGAUGAGAGACUUAAAGAAUUUCCUGCACACCAGGAAGAUGAGCAAGUAGAACUUGACAAUGUAUCUCAUGCAUCUGUGACGGUUGAGGCUGACCGGAGUGAGACAUUUCUCCCAUUCAGUAUUCCUUUGUCAUUUCGUUCCCCAUCUCCUCUCGUCUCUCUCCAAGCUGUCAAAGAAAGUGUUUCCAGCUUUGUACGCAAAACUACUGAAAAGAUUGGCACACUUCAUAUAAGUCCUGAUAAUAGAGGGAGGCAAGAAGCAAAGGAUGACGAGCAGCUGCAGGAGUUGACUGUUAAUCUGGUAACAUCUCCCCAGGAAGAGAAAGAGUUAGAACCACAGAGCUGCCAGCUUCCAGAGGAGGACCAUCUAAGAGAUCUCAAGGCUGCAACAGCAGAAGCUAUAGCAAAACUCCAGGAUCCCCUGGUUUUGUUAGAACCACAGAGUAUGAGAAGGGUUUUACGGGAAUGGCUUAUCUAUCUAGAAGAAAAGUUCGGCAGCAAAGAGCAUUCUGCUUCCUCUAUUAAGAAAAGCAAGACUGUGUGUGCUGGAGAAGAGAGGGCAGUCCUGCAGGAAAACGUACGACUGGAUCCAACUGACAGAGACCCAGCAGACAAAGAACAGAGCAGUAUCUUGGAAGACUGCACUGAACAGGAAAAUACUGAUGAAACUUGCCUAAGCAAAACCAUCUGUGAAAAUAGUACUGAUUUGAAGGGACCUUUGGACUGCUGCUUUCAAGUGUCUCCUCCAUGUGUCAUAGAACCGGAUGUUCAGAAAGAUCUUGUUGAGUUGACAACACUGUGUUUUGAGCUGCGUGUAUUUUCUUGUGGAAAUGGCAAGGCAGAGGAAAGCUCUGACGGAAGUCUGCCACGAGCAGCUUUGUGGACCUUGGCUUGUAGGUUUAUGCGAAGCUACUUCUUUCUUUUGGAUUUAAAAAGACUAAAGCAGUGUAUUAUAACCAUGUAUGCAACCAGUCCUAAUGUAUGGGAAACAUACAUCGCAGGAUUGAAAGAACUAACUUGUCACAGUCCAGUGGCUUUAGCAAUGGAAAAUGAAGAUAUGUUGAAAAUACUGAAACAGCUGCAUGACCUGGGGCCUUGGGAUGAUAGCCCGCUGUUACUGGUACAUGCUCAAAGGCUUUAUGAAAAAUUUGGGGAAACAGCUCUUCGGCCCUUGAUCAAGUUCCACCCCUCUAUUUUGCCUUCUGAUAUCAAACAACUUUGUAGGAAUGAUCCAGCUCACUUUUUAGCAUAUUUAGAUAGUCUGGUGAAAUCAAAGCCAGAGGAUAAAAGGUCAUCUCUCCUUAGAUCUCUUCUGCAGCCCGAAUCUGUACGACUGGAUUGGUUGCGCUUGGCAGUUUCUCAUGAUGCACCACAAAGAGCAAAU